AUGGAUGUCCCAUUCACUCGACUAGUGAGGUUCAAGACCUCGGAAGGGCAAACACACUACGGCGAAGCCGGCUCCAACUGGCAGAAAGACCUUAAAGGCCAGACCGUCAAGACCUUCCAGGGAACAGACCCAUGGGAUCCGGAUUUCAGCUUGUCGGGAGAGGAAGCAGUCAUAUCUGAGGUGCUGUGUCCCUUGCCAUCAGUCCCAGUGACUCUUGGGAUCGGAUUGAACUAUCGCAAACAUGCGGAGGAAGCAGGUUUUACUAUUCCCACGUUUCCCGUGGUCUUCACAAAGUAUUUGGGCAAGCAGGCAUCCUGGGAACCUCAACCGAGUUGUACACUGACUCACCAAUCUCCAGACACCCUCGCAGGCCCAUUCGAAGAUAUUCCGAUCCAUCCCGAGGCCCGCGAACUCGACUACGAAGGAGAACUAUCCAUCGUGAUCGGCAAGGAUGUGAAGAACCUCACCGAGAAGGACGACCCGCUCGACUACGUCCUCGGCUACACGGUCGGCAACGACGUCUCUUCGCGAUACUGGCAGAACGCUGCGCGAUCAGGCGCGCAGCACGGCCCAGCAAAGUCCUUCGACAAAUUCGGCCCGAUAGGGCCCGCCAUUGCAUCGCCCAAGGCGGUCAAGAACCCCGAGGCCUUGAAGCUUCAGACCUGGGUCAAUGGCGACCUCAGACAGGACGGUUCGACGGAUGACCUCAUCUUCGGCAUCAAAGAGAUCAUUCGCUUUCUCAGCCAAGGUAAGACCGUGAGGAAGGGCACUGUGAUCAUGACUGGGACGCCUAGCGGCGUCGCAGCCUUUAUGAAGCCCGCUCAAUUCUUGAAGGAUGGAGAUGUGGUGGAAAUUGAGGUUGAAAAUAUCGGGAAGAUCUCCAACAAGAUGGUUUUUGAGAAAUAG